GCGGGACGUCGUUGGAAACGGGAGAGGCAUGGACACCCAGCAGUUUUGUCUGAAGUGGGAUGGGUUCCAGAGUUCCAUCACGUCUGUGUUUGACCACCUGCGGCAAGAUGAGGAGCUGGUCGACAUCACCCUGUGCUGCGAGGGCCAGAGGGUGAAGGCUCACAGGAUGAUGCUGUCUGCUUGCAGCCCUUACUUCAGGGAUCUGCUUAAGAACAACCCAUGUCAGCAGAUGGUAUUCUUCCUGAAGGACACGUCAGCCGUUGACCUGCUGGCCAUCAUAGAGUUCAUGUACAAGGGCAGCGUGAAUGUGGCCCAGAGCCAGCUGGCCAGCUUCAUCAAGACGGCAGAGAUGCUGCAGAUCAGGGGUCUCAGUGGUGAUGACGACAAGAGUGACACCAGUGGGGCGCGGUUCCAGCCGUCGGCUGCGCCUUGGUCGUUCGGCGCGCCGUCCUCGCCCGGC